GGGGCGUUGGCGGCGGCGGUUGGGAGCUGGAGCGCAUCGAUUGGCUGGCUGUGUGGGCGCGUGCCGAGUUCAAACUGCAUUGAGGGGCGGGACGGUUGGAGACGGAGUGGACGCGGAGCCGGCGUGUUUGCAAAGGGUAAAAGGAGGGGAGCGGAGGGGUUUAAAUUGCACCGAGAAAAUCAGACCUUCGGAGAAGGCAUCCCAAAAUGACGACUGUUUCAGAGUUGGAAGAGGUAAUCCAGCAGCUUCGGCAGCAGCUGCAGGAAUCGGAAAGUGAGAGGAUGAAGGCAGCUCAAUACGGGCUAGAGCUGCUGAAAAAUGAAGCUGAACUGGACAACAAAUUGACAGAAAUAACGAAUGAAUUUGCUACUGUCCGAGAGCACUUGGAACAGGAAAAAUAUUCACUACAAAGAGAAGUGGAACUCAAGAAUCGUAUGUUGGACAGUAUGAGUUCAGAUAUUGAGAGCAUCAAACAGCAACAUAAAACUCAGUUGAACCAACAACUGGAACAGCUAGAGAGAGUUCAUACUCGUGAAAUUAAUGAACUGAAGAGCAAGUUGGAAAAGCUAAAAUCUGAGCUGGACGAGGCACAGCUCUGUGAGAAGCAGUUGAGACAUAAACUGGAUCGACAGAGUGAAUUACUUAAUGCGAAGAGUGAAGAAUUGAGGAACUUAUCUGAGCGUGCACAGGAAACAAUGUCAUCUGAGGUGAUGAGCCUUCAAAUGGAGAACAUUGAACUUGAAACUGCAAAGGGGAAACUGCAAGAAGACAUUAAUGAAAUGAUGUACCAUCAGGAACAGUUGGAACUAGCUAAUAAUAAGCUUCAACGCCAGGUCGAACGACUUCAAGAGGAGAAGGAGGAACAAGAGAAAGAGACAGUAUCAUAUUGCAAUGCGUUGGAGAAAGCACGAGUGGCUAACCAGGAUCUCCAGAUCCAAUUGGAUCAGGCAUUACAGGAAGCUCGUGACCCCAACAGUAAAGGAAACUCACUGUUUUCUGAGGUGGAAGAUCGUAGGGCAAUGAUGGAGCGACAGCUUAUCGGAUUGCGAGUCCAGUACCAGUCGCUGCAGAAACAGCAUGCAUUCUCCCGUCAACAACUUCACCGAAUGAAGGUGCAGAUAGCCACAAUGUUACAAAUAAAGGGUUUGCAGUCUGAUCCUGGACAACUUGAACGCCUGCAAUCAAUGCUUGCACAAAAGAACAAUGAAAUUCAAGCUCUGGUGGUCAAACUGCGACGUUUAGAGAAAAUGGAGAUGAAUUAUGAUGCCGGGGAUAAUCCUAAUGGUGUUGAUGCUUCAGAUUUUGGAGAUGGACAGUACUACGUUGAAUUGCUAAAACUGCAAAUUGACAAUGCCAAGAAAGAAAAUAAGACUGUUAAUGAUGAACUGUCUUUGCAACGCAUGAAGGCUCUUGCAGAGAGUCAACGUGUCUUAGAAGUUGAACGUAAAUUUUAUGCCAAUGAGAGACAGCUGAAACAAUAUCAGAGUGAAAACAUGAAACUUCGAAUCAAACUGGAUGAGUUGAGGCUCAAGUAUGAACCUGAAGAAAUUAAGAACCGGCCAUCAAAUCGCAAGAAGGAGAAACUUCCAUUUGAAGUGCUUGAAGAAACUCAACUCGCAUCCAAUAAGGAUCCUGUCAUUGAAACCACUCUCUCAUCUGAUAAAAUAUCCGAUGCCAGAAGCAGACAGACUGAUGCGCUGCAUAAUGAGAUUUUAGCUUCAUGCUUUGAACCAGUCAUUCAAGCAGUGCCAGCCUCAACUGGUGAUAAACAAGUUACAGAACUGGAACCCACCUGUAAACAGUCACCUUCUAAAGAAGGCAAGCGAGUACGAAUCUUGCAAGAAGUGAAUGAGGUACAAGUUUUGUCUGAACGGAGCCACAAUGAAGUCUCUAGGCCAUCACCAUCUCCAAGGGUAUCCAAGACUGAUGUGAAGCUAGAAAAGCCAGAUGAGGAAGAAAUUGUUGAAGCAGAAGAGCUGAAACCGAAGAAAAGAGUUAAGCGUCCAAAGUUGCACCCAGUCAUCCACGUGUCAUCUCAGCCCACUGUUGAAUCUCAGUGUGCCCAACAGUAAACAAAAUAUUUUUCUGGUGUUGAAUACACCAGUGCUGUCUCUAUUCAAGAUAAAAAUCUAGGGGAGUAUGUAAGCACACUGUACAAUUUAACAAGCCGGCACUUUUUGGAACUUGCAAGACCUUUAUGAAUUAGGCACUUUCAAUUAAACUUAAUGUGGUAUUGCUGUUGGGAGAUGCUAAUAUGACACAUUUGUUUGGUAGCGUGUUGAAUUUUGAGUUCAACAGGUGCCUCUCUGUAUAUAGGACCUUGCAUUUCAACUCCCCUAAUUGAAAGAAUGGAGGAAAAAAAAGGAACGAAAGGAAAUACUACUUUUAAAAAAGAAAUGACAGAUUCUCUUUUGUUGGAUAGCAUGAUUUUGGAAGCAACUUCAUAAUUGCUAGGUCCCAUAAAACUUAAACAGGCCUUUUGAAAUGUGAUAACCUAAUCUUUGCAGCUCUUUUUCUUUGCUGUUAACAACUUCAAAUUAGCUACUUUUAAGUUGAAUGAGAAAUGCAUAUGCUCCUGCUUUUCUGAAGCUCUAAUCUCUUGGUUCCUUUGACAGUGAAGUCUCAAAAUACACCUCUGAUCUAUAACUAACUGUAUUGCUCUCCAUUAAGUAAGCCACUUCUCUGGCCAUAAAAAGAUUUUCUUACACUCUUUUAAAAAAAAUGUAAUUCUCAUCUGUUAGCUCCACUUUACUACAGAUUCACAUGUUAAAAGAAUGUACAGACAUCCAUUUUCCAGUCACUCUACAUAUUUCUGUUGGGUGUUAGGAUGUACAACCAAGUGUAGUAUGGACCACUAUGUAAUGUCUAUCGCAUUUAUUGGAAACUUUUGGUGUACAAAGCCAAGAUAUUCAAGAAAUUAUGCAAAAGUGCAGUAACUUUUUUGGGGUAGGGGUAGGGUGGUGUUGUACUCAAAGCACAUAUGAACCAAGAUUCCAACCAAACCCGUGACCCCCACCCCCAAUAACAGCAAAACUCUAUUUUCCUAGAAUAUCAUGCGAAACUGCACAAUCAGAUUUGGUACUUUUUCCUUUCAGAACUGGGAAAAUAAUACAUUUUUCAGGAUUAGCAUUAUGACCUUGGCUCAAGCUUGAACCUGGAACUGAUCUGUGUAUUCAUCCUGAUGAUCAGAUGGGGUAGUAAAGAAAAAGAGUUGGUAGCCUAUUUGGUAUCUUGUGUUUUUACUUUAUUUUAAUAACAAUAUUGCAGAGUGCCUAGAUUGAACUUGUUCUGUGGCUUUUAAAAAAGGUAUUGUGUAGAUAACUUAUAACAUUUGUGAUCACUUUUCAGUUUUAGUACUGUUGUGCAUCAUUCAGAAGUAAUGUAAUUAUUUGCCUAUUAUCUGUUGCUCGCCUGAGCAAGUAACAACUUCCUGGACUGUAAAAUCAUCUUGGUUGUUGAGCACAAACAGAUAACAGCUCUGGGUUUGCAAACAGUUUGACAUCCUUUAGAAAUGUAAAUUAAAAUUUUGUGACCUUUUGUUUGCCCUUGCAUUAUCCAUUGCCUCAAGAAGUUUGAAUUUUUGUCUUUGCUCUUGUUUUUGGUCCCCAUGACCUUGUAGUUUAAACUAUCAUUUGAGGUUUGUAUAUUGAUGGCUGAUCCAUGUAUUUUAAUCAGUAUAAGCAUUGAAAUA